CGCAUGGGCACAAUACCGUUCAUGGCGCUCGACCUCCUAUCUAACACGUGGUGUCAACGAGGCGAAGUCAAACAUGUGUAUCGCUAUGAUCUGGAGUCGUUUAUAUGGGUAUUCAUCUGGAUUUCCUUGCGUUACAAGAAAGGAGCCCUCUUACUACCACCGGAAUCGCGCCCCUUCGAUGAACGGGCAACUUCAGCCGCUACGAUAUGUUUCGAGAAGAAGCUAGCCUUUCAGUAUACUAUGGAAGAGUUCUACCGCCCGGACAUAGAGAAAGCUGUGCGGGCUUUCCUUGUGGAGUGUGUAUGACUGGUCCAAAGUGGUCGCCACGAUCGACACAAAC